GUUGAGUUCAAAAAUCAUUACUCCUUCUCUUCCCUUUUCGCAUUUUAGACAGACUAAAUUUUCACAAUUUAAUUGAAAUUAUAUAAAAAAAUAGGACAAUUUCCUCAAAAUGUUUAACGGUUUUUGUAGUGCUUUCAGAACCACAAUUCUAAACGUGCUUUUGCCGCGACGCAAUGCAUUUUUGUACAUGAUACGUCGCAAUAGGAACUUUAGUAAGUUUGAAUCUCCGUUGAGAGAAAUUGUAGCAGUUUGCCCAGUCUCGACUCUUUUCGCCAGGAAUUGCACACAUUUGCUCGAGUUCAGCAAUAGAAAUUUGUCAGCUUCCGCGCUCCAACUGAGGAUGCUGCACAACGACAUGAAGGUACCGGAUUUUUCUGAUUAUCGUCGACAAACGGAAAAUGAGGAUGACCCCGAAGAAAAUUCCGCUGAAAAGCGUAAAACUUUUUCAUAUGCAAUCGUUGCAGCCGGCGCUAUCGGCAGUUGCUAUGCUGCCAAAGGCUUGGUACACGCAUUCGUCCGCUCAAUGAGCGCAACCGCCGAUGUAUUGGCUAUGGCCAAGAUUGAGGUCAAAUUGAAAGACAUACCCGAGGGCAAGUCAGUGACAUUAAAAUGGCGUGGUAAACCGUUAUUCAUAAGACAUCGCACCGAAGCUGAAAUUGAUGGAGUGCGCUCGGUUAAUAUUUCCACUUUACGCGAUCCAGAAUCGGAUGAAGAUCGAGUCAAGGAUCCACGUUGGUUGGUGGUGAUCGGUGUCUGCACACAUUUGGGGUGUGUGCCAAUCGCAAAUGCUGGUGACUUCGGUGGAUAUUAUUGUCCUUGUCAUGGCUCACAUUUCGAUGCGUCGGGACGUGUACGUAAAGGGCCUGCACCGCUCAAUUUAGCAGUACCCAAUUAUGAAUUUUCUGAUGAAGACACAUUGCUAGUAGGCUGAUGUAUUAAAUCGUGGAAAAUGGAUAACGUUAUAAACAUAUUUGAAAACAUUGCAGAUCCAUGAAAGCGUAAUAGGUAUAAUUAUAUGGACUUGGAUACACAAUAAAAUGGUUGAGAAGUACAAAAUGGU